AUGUCCGUUGAAGUUGAGAAAGAGAAUGAUGCUACAAAAAUCGAUCAUUCCACACGCCGUCGAAGUAUCGCCGGUCCUAUGCACAAACUUUUUAAGCGUUUGAGUGGAAUACCCUCGGAUAAUCGAUUAUCGGAAACCACAAUUAAAACUAGGCUUUCAUUCCAAACUUGGCGACGCCGAAAAACCAUAGACCAUAAAACUGAAGAAGACGAAGAGAUAAAGAUGGAGAAUAUUUGUACAAUGGAUAGGGAGACUUUUAUGAAACCACUGAUGAUUUCAAAUACCCCAAUAAUUCAACCUAGAGAGCUAAAACGGGGACCGCUUAAGGCUGCGCCCUUAGCUGAAGCGGAAGAAGUUGUUUUUCAUGAGGCAAAACGACCGAAACUCAUAGCCACAGCUGCUAAAAGAUUUUCAGCUAUUUCAAACAAACCCAAAAGGGUUACCAAUCGGUUUCGAAGACCUAGAGCCACCGAAGUAAAGUCUCCACCGAAGCACUAUUCACGGAGGCGAUUUUCCAAUGCUAUUGAUUCCAGCCGAUCACAGAGUGCUCAAUCGCUAGAUACAAGCAAUCCUCGACCUCUGAACGGAAGGCACAGGAAAAAUUUAUCGGUGUCAGGAGUUGGAAAUGACCUUCCCAUUGUGAAAAGUGGAAUUACUCUGACAGACGUCGACAAACACCAGACGCCGGCAGUAAAGCUCAGCCCAUUUGAUGAAACGACCCGAACUCAUUUUGAAAUUGCAUCAACGUCACUUAAUACUUCCCUAGUCUCAGAUUCAGUAAGAAACACAGAAAGAAUUCGUUUGGCAGGAAAAGCUCUUUUUAACAAAGAUCCCAACUUAGGAAUAGAAUAUCUAAUUCAUCAGAGAAUAUUAAAUAGAGAUCCAAAAGAAAUUGCGGAAUUUUUAGCAGAAAAGGAGUUGAGCAGGCAGGCAAUUGGAGAAUACUUCGGUAAACUCUCUGAUCCUUUUGCAAAUUUGGUGACAGAAGCCUUCAUCAGACGUCUUAAUCUUCAUGGCGUUGAGCUGGAUGUUGCUCUAAGGCGUCUUCUCCAACAGCUCCAUCCCGAUGGUGAAUCCCAGAAGAUUGAAUUCCUUCUCACUGUGCUUAAGAACUGUUAUAUAGAACAGAAUGCCGAGAGCGUCGCGAAAGAAUUUCAUGACCCAGAAACCAUUGGUGUCCUGGCGUAUUCAAUAAUGCUUUUACAUACCACAUUCUACAAUCAGAAUGCGCGGAAACACGGCAAGCCCAUGACCAAGACUGAAUUCAUCAAUAAUAACAAAGGCAUUGAUGGAGGAAAGGACAUUUCCACGUCUUUACUAGAAGGCAUCUAUGAUAGAGUUGCAGAAAGAGAGUUCAAAACCUUACCUGAUCCUACAUACCGCCUUAGAAAAGUGGAUGACCUAUUUUCUGGAGCUCUCAAACCCGAAAAUUUCGUUCAGCGCCAUCGCCGUUUCGUGGCUUGGUUCUCUGGUCUUGAAGUCUUUGAUUUCACAGCAAGAAAGCCGAUUAUUCAACGACCUUCCUCCCAGAUUAGAUGUCUGUUUAUCUUCAAUGAUCUACUGGUCAUUACAAAACCUGUGGGAUCGUAUCGCAACAAUGCGGUCGAUGAAAUGCUCAAUAGUGGUAAUCAUCGAAUUAGAUCCUUUGAUCGGUUAGCCAGUCGAUCUGGAAGUCCCACUCCAACUUCAGCUGAUCCUUGUGUAGAACCUUUAACUGUGCAAACUGUGCAUGUUCGGUCUCAUGAUUCCAGAAAUUAUCAACAGUAUUCAACAGAUAUUCCUCCGAACAGUCCUUUCCUUGUCCGGCAAAUUAUAUCCCUUGAAAAUAUUAAGGUUCUCCAUUUUGAAUGUGAAUCUUACAGGUUUGGAGUCCAGCUAUGUGACGAAAAGAGCGUUCUAACCAGCAUUAGUCUCCCUACGGCUCAUGCGAGGAAAAAAUUCAUUGAUUUCCUGAAUGAAUCCAUCUGGGAGUCAGGCGAGAUCAAGCGCUUCAGCACGUCAGCCCCCAUAACCCCUAAUAUAAUAAGCCCAUCAGCUACCUCAACGAAAUCCGUAUUCUUCUAG